AUGGAUGUCUCUGUGGUGAUUCCAGUGAAGAAUGGUGUGCCUUAUAUCGGAGAAUGCCUGGAUUCCCUCUCGGAUCAAACGUUUAAAGGGACAUGGGAGGUAAGAGCAACCAAGAAAUUUGAAAUGACAACAAACAGAUCCUUUGCUUGUAGCUGUUGA